AAGUCCCGUAUUUAGGCAACCUGUGUACGGCACUCCCGAUGUAAAGAACCCUAAAAAAAAGAAAUCGCCCCAUUAUAGCUACAAGCUACCACCACAAUGAACAUUAUAAUACAAAAUUAUCAGGGCGUCUUCAUGCUCGAUGUAAUGAAGGUACAGUGGGUGGGUUAGUGGGUAGUCUGAUACUUUGAUCCGUGUUCAGAACUUAGAUGAAUAGUAUUUGAAUAGAGACAAUGGGGUGCUAACAGAGUUACCAUUCAACUCUCGGAGCUGCCAUUGCUCGUCGAGCCAAUAAUAUAUGGAUGACACCCUGUUGUCGAGUCCUAUCUCAGAGACGGCGAAAGAGCUAUAGCAAUUGUUUCUCAUAUAUCUGAUAUUUUGAUACAUGGUUUACUUCCCUGCUCAUGUUGCAUCUUUGUGAUAACAGGGUCACAUAAGAUCUCCAGCUCUUUCUUUUUCUCCUCAAACUUGCGAGCAUCGCCGAGCAGGUAAUUCCACUCUAAGCACCCAUUUGUCUUCUCAACUGCAUCUCUCAAAAUCCUGGCAUUCAUCCCAAACCUAUUUCCACAAUCUCUCAAUGUGCGGCUUAUGUAACGAAUGUACUUCUCCAAAGAAUUUUUAGCCUCAGAUGCCUUCUUACGCUCCUCAUCCUGAGCCUUAAAAUCUUCAGCCUCCUUUACCAUCCGAUCAAUCUGCUCCUUCGAGUUCUGCAGACACAGUCAAUAUACCAUUGGUAUCAAUUUCGAAAUAGACAUCAUACUUAGCUUAGCUGGGAUAUUUUGAUGGAAAGUCAAAAUAGUAUAACCAUUGCAAAAAAUAGUGAUUCAUGUGGAAAGUUGUAAGCAGAAGGAUACGGGACGGCAAUGAAGCAUAUUAAGUCAUGUGACAAAGCCAAAGGAUCGGGAGGUGCGGGAAGUUCCGAUCGAUUACAAUUUACAAAAUGUUUCCAUGCUGAUUUUGUGGGUUUGAAUUCAAAUUGUGUCUGCUAUUUUGGACUGAUUUUCUACAAAAGCAGAAACGAAAGAAAGCUACCUCCCAGUGUACUCCUCUAAAAGAAGAAAUGGUGAUGCAUUGGGAUGAGGCUUGGGAUGUUCCCUAUUUGCAAAUGAUGGAUGCAAUUAUCAGAGGAGAAGACACUUCGAUAGGAAGAGCAUUCAAUAUGACAUUCUGGGAAGCAUUUGCGAACAAGUUUUCAGAAAAAGUGAAUGUUACAAUUAUUGCAGAUGAAUGCAUGUCACGUGGGCGGUAUUUCAAAGGCCGUUAUAAAGACUACAAGGGGGUACCACCGGAGCAGGGGUGGAGCAACGCUUGAUACAAAAUAUUUAUCAACACAAAUUCGUGCCAAAAGUUCCCUAGAGUGCGUGGAGCCCCACGAAGACUGAUAGAUGAAAUAUGUCUCCCAUUUCUUCUUCAACUUUCCCUUUGAAGAUCUUUUGUUUUCUUCCUUCACACCAUAGCCUAUGAGGACAACUGCAUGUCCUAUAAUCUCAUCAUUGUCCACCCGUAUCUUUGCCCCCCGGCCUCCCCUUUGUACACAGUUCCUGGGGUGUCAAAUGAGGAAACAAGUGAGCGAGUAGCGUCACAACCAACUGCUAAUGGGCUGUGUGAUAAGAGAAUCUUCUUAACGUUCCCUUCAGUGGCUUCAGAUCCAGUGUCUUUUGUUAAUUAGUUCAAUGUAUCUUUCAAGUCUAUAUAGCUUACCUAGCACAAAUCAGGGCGGUCCAGGGACCCCAUCUCUGUGGGGUAUAUGUGAGGCAACAAGACCCCAGAGGAAAUGAGAAAAUCAUUGAAGAAGUCCCCGUCCUGGUGCACAUAGUUGUCGAGCACAAAUUGAAUGAACAGUUUUGGUGUUCAGAGACGGCCUGCACGAGCACAUUCUAUCCUAAGGGAGGCAUUCAUUGCAUCAACCGUCCCAUAGUAGUAGCACACGGUCUGGUCACUCUGGUCUCUGGGAAUGCUUGUAAGGCUGUAAUUUCAGUCGGCCAUCUGUAAGCAUUGCCUAUCCGGAUUCCGGAAUAAGCGGUGUUCCAUCUGGGGGCGUCGUGCCCUGAAAAACGGCCUUUGAACGGCGGCAACAUGUCUCCUGAUGAUGGCAGCAACAGAGGGCGGACGGCAUACAAUAGUUUUAUUUUUUGACAUAGAUGUAAUCGGUAAAGAGGUUGGUCGUUGUGCACCGCAGAGCCAUGUGAUUAACAACCGAACGGAGAGGUUAAUGGAACAUACGUUAGAGGACUCUGAAAACAGGAUUGGUUGUACACUUUGGAACAACUACAUCAAACAGUUUAAUGACUAUGUGGACAAUGCUGAGAACGAAGCCAUCUUUAUCAUUGUGCAGCUGUGCCAGGCAAAGCUCUACAAAGGAAAUGUAUCCGUGUCUACACAUUUAACGUGACAAAACUGAUCAUAAACGAGGAAACCGGAACUUUAACGUUCCUGGGUAUACAGUCACAAAGCUAUGGUCAUGAUGACAUUUUGGGUGGAAAUGUAUCACUGACCUCUGUUAGCAACUUGCUGGAAAAAACUGAGGUAGGAAUCUACUGGGUUCUAGCAGAUAUUGUUUCUAUUGACAGCUUCCGUGAAUGAUGCUACUUAGGUUGCACUUCGUGUAACAAGAACGUGGUUCCUGAAGAAAAUAGGUUCCGAUGUGCAGCAUGCAACAUAAGUUUGGCUGAAGGGGUGUUAAGAUACAAGGUCAGCUUGUGUGUGAUGGAUGAUAUAGGUCACGCUUCAUUCACCCUUUGGGACCGAGAGUGUAUAGACAUACUCGGGAAAUCAGCACCUAGGUUGAGAAGGGAGGUGGUACAGGGAAAAAAAAUCAGAAAACAGGAGACCCUAGCCACUUUCCUGAAGAGAUUGAGGCAGUCGUAGAUAAAAAAGGUUUGUUUAAGGUCCAAGUGAAGAAGAAACCAGAAGGAAGUUCUUACCAAGGCAAUAGUUUGGGGUGCUGUCAAUGUUCAGGGAUCCAACUAUUUUCGCAAUGUACAAGACAAAAGAGGUUAAGACCGCAGAAGUUGAUGAUCUAGAUUCUAGAGGAUAAGGAAAUGUGGGUUCUGUGAACGAUGCUGAGCUGAGUGCAACUAACAAGGAACUUGGAGGAACAGGGAAGGAUAAGACCAUUGUCAGUGAAGAAGUAGAGGAAGAGAACCCACAGAAAUCACCAAAAAAAAGCUGUUGUUAUAAACUUAGACUACUCAAUGAAAAGAAAGUUGGUCAAUGAGUUUUCAGCAACUAAGCAUGGCAGAAAGAUGAGGGUUAAGAUUAAGAAUGGAAAAGAGUAGGCAUCAGUGAUUAAGGAGUAGCAGACUGCAAAUUGUUUUGUGGAAAGUUGCAUUUUAAAACAGCGCAAAAGACUGUUAUUUGUUUGACAUCUGCAAUGGACCUAUGUCAUAGGACCGGAGGGAGUACUAGAGUUUCCAUAGGUCCCUAAAGACUAUUUAGAGGGACCUGGAUAUUAAAGAAAAUUCUUUUUUUCUUUUUUAACCUUGGGGUCGGGAGUCGGGAGAAGGGGCCGGGGAGCUCGGAGUAAAUAGGGCUGAAUGGCUGAUACUCCGUCCAAAUAGUUUCGAACCUGACACCUUCUAAGACUGAGUCGGCAACUAGUUGAUCGGGAUCGCUGUCUCAGGUAAACCUCUCAUGUUAGGUUGGAGUAUUGGACCGAUAAACGACAUACUAGUUUUAAAUGCAAGUUUCUUAGACAUAAUUCACAAAAUGUAGAAUGUGUUGUUCAUUAUUAUAUAAGACCUACGGAAACCCAGACAUUUAUAUGUAUUUCAUUUGAAAGGGC